AUGACCCAGACCCUCAAAUUCGCAUCCAGAGUGUUCCAUCGCGUCCGCUGUCCUGAGCUGGGCGCCUCACUGGGCUCCAGAGGCUCCGACUCAGCACCCCGGGUUUUGGCGGACAUCCCAGGCCCCUCCACGCCCGGCUUCCUUGCGGAGCUUUUCUGCAAAGGGGGGCUGUCACGGCUACACGAGCUGCAGGUGCAGGGCGCUGCGCGCUUCGGGCCGGUGUGGUUGGCCAGCUUUGGGACGGUGCGCACCGUGUACCUGGCGGCCCCUACGCUGGUCGAGCAGCUGCUACGACAGGAGGGACCCCGGCCCGAACGCUGCAGCUUCUCACCCUGGACGGAGCACCGUCGCCGCCGCCAGCGGGCUUGCGGACUGCUUACCGCGGAAGGGGAAGAAUGGCAGAGGCUUCGCAGCCUCCUGGCCCCGCUGCUCCUCCGGCCUCAAGCGGCCGCCCGCUAUGCCGGGACCCUACACGGCGUGGUCCGUGACCUUGUGCGGCGACUGCGGCGCCAGCGGGGACUGGGCGCUGGGCCGCCCGCCCUGGUUCGAGACGUGGCGGGAGAGUUUUACAAGUUUGGACUGGAAGGCAUUGCUGCGGUGCUGCUGGGCUCCCGCCUCGGCUGCCUGGAGGCGGAGGUACCCCCAGACACAGAGACCUUCAUCCGCGCGGUCGGCUCGGUGUUCGUGUCCACGCUGUUGACCAUGGCGAUGCCCAACUGGCUGCACCGCGUCGUGCCCGGACCCUGGGACCGCCUCUGCCGAGACUGGGACCAGAUGUUUGCAUUCGCCCAGCAGCACGUAGAGCAGCGAGAGGCUGAGGUAGCCAUGAGGAACCAUUUGGGGAAGUCUGAGGAGGACACGGGACCUGCGGCACACCUGACCUACUUCUUGCUCCGGAAAGAGCUGCCUGCCGCGUCCAUCCUGGGGAAUGUGACGGAGCUGCUUCUCGCUGGGGUGGACACGGUGUCCAACACGCUCUCCUGGGCUCUAUAUGAACUCUCCCGGCACCCUGAAAUCCAGACAGCACUCCAUGCUGAGAUCACAGCUGCCUUGGGCCCUGGCUCCAGUACCCAACCCUCGGCCACUGCCCUAUCCCAGCUGCCCCUGCUGAAGGCCGUGGUCAAGGAAGUGCUAAGAUUGUACCCCGUGGUACCUGGAAAUUCCCGUGUCCCAGACAGAGACAUUUGUGUGGGUGAAUAUAUCAUCCCCCAAAAUACACUGGUCACUCUGUGUCACUAUGCUACUUCAAGGGACCCUGCCCAGUUCCCAGAACCAAACUCUUUUCGUCCAGCUCGCUGGCUAGGGGAAGGUCCAGCUCCCCACCCAUUCGCAUCUCUGCCCUUUGGCUUUGGCAAGCGCAGCUGCAUGGGAAGACGCCUGGCAGAGCUUGAGUUGCACAUGGCCUUGGCCCAGAUCUUGAUCCACUUUGAGGUGCAACCUGAGCCAGAUUCUGCCCCCGUCAGACCGAUGACCCGGACUGUCCUGGUGCCUGAGAGAAGCAUCAACCUACAGUUUGUGGACAGAUAG